AUGGCGGCGGUUGCUGGCAUCGAGGAGGAACCCAUCGGCUCGCCUCUGGGGUUCUUGGGGAAGGGGGGGGAGGGCGGCGAAGCUGCGACAGCCGGUGUUUCCUGUGCUUCUUCUACUGCGGCAGAGGACGGAGAAGCCCUGGGAAGCUGCGGGGGAUUGGGGGAGGACAGGGUGAAGGGGCCGUGGUCGCCAGAGGAGGACGUCAUCCUGAGCCGCCUCGUGAGCAAGUUUGGCGCCAGGAAUUGGAGCCUCAUAGCCAGGGGCAUCCCUGGGCGCACUGGGAAAUCGUGUCGGCUGCGGUGGUGCAACCAGCUCGACCCCACUGUCAAGCGCCAGCCAUUCACUGGUAUUUUCUCCAGAACCCCAUUUGGUAUUUCCUGUGAAUGGCUACUCAUUUUUCAUCUGGUUUAAGCUUUUGCAUCACUCACUGGAUCCCUGUUCCCUCCGUGAUUUGAGGCCAGACGAACGGGAAGCAGUGGGAAAAUCAGGGGGUUCAUAAGUUUGCGGUCAUCUUCCUUGAUUGAGGAUAUCUCGUGGAGUAUGGUUGUUGAUUCACCUUCUUCUCCAUGCGAAAAUGGUGCUGGACUGUGUGGAAUUUGCAAGAAACCCACAUUAGGGUUUUAGACGUACUUUGAUUUGAAAUGAAGUUUUGUGACUUCUUGUGAUUCUAGUUGUUGUCGAGCCAGACUCUGACUUCUGUGUUAUGAGUCUUGGUGUUCUGUGUUUCGGAGUGAUUCCGUGCAAAGUCUGGUUCUAUGGAGAAGUCCUCCGUGGCAGGAAGAUCAUAUAAUCACUAUAUCUUUUUAGGAGGCAAAAAACUAUCUUCGUAUAAUCAUAAAUCAAUAUUUUUUCAUCUCCUUCGUCCUCCAUGGCAUCAAUAGAGGGAAUUCUACUGUAAAUACCGGGGAUAUCAUCCUCACCGCUUCCAGAUAUAAUAAUUUUAAUAAUCUUUUUUGAGCCACAUAUGGGCAAUAAUUCUUUUGAUUCCUUUUGGCAUACGUCAUAUGAUCAUGUAGUUGUCUCGGAACCGUAUUUUACUCAUUCUUGCCCUAUUAUUAAUUUAUGGCAACUUUCUCAUCUGAAAUUUUAUUUUAAUUUUUUCCUCUCCCUGUAAAUUCUCUAGUUAUAAGUUCCUCGGGACUGAAUCGGAUCAGAUGGUAUCACUAAUCAUAAAUCAAAAACUUUAGCUAUCAACUAUGUAAGCUUGGGUCAGACAAGGAAUCAGCCCUUUUGAACUCUUGAAAUCCUUCACUUGGUGUGAUCAUUAGCUCACGACGUUAAGGCUGAGCUGCUUUUUAGAUUACAUGCAAUAUAACGACCCUCUGGUCUGAAAUUCUGCAAAAUCUUCCUCUCUCUUUCCUGCAGACGAGGAGGACCGGAUCAUCGUGGCCGCCCACGCCAUCCAUGGGAACAAAUGGGCCUCCAUUGCGCGGCUACUGGAAGGGAGAACGGACAACGCAAUAAAGAACCACUGGAACUCCACCCUGAAGCGGCGGUGUGUCGAGGCUGGUAAGCCCAGGGAUGCCGCCCUGGAGGAGGUGAGGGUCUCAUCAGAGGAUGGCUUAUCGUUCGGUGAGGCGAGCUCUUUCAGGUCUUGCGAUCAGUCGGAAGACAAGGGCCAAGUUAUCGACAACCAUUCCCCUAGCAGAGAGAAGGAGCGAUCCAUCCUGUUCCGUCCCAUUGCGAGGGUGAGCGCCUUCAGCCCGUAUGCGCCCCCCACCAGCAGUCGGCCCCUGAGGUCCUCCCGGCCGGAAGCUGAGUCCUGUAGGACGUUCAAUGAGGCUGGUCAGGUGCCGGCUUGUUGUGGGCAUGGUUGCUGCUGCCCCGGAGAGGGGAUUGCCCCUGGGAGCAACUUGCUGGGCCCAGAGUUUGUUGAAUAUGCCGAGGAGAUUGCAGUUCCCGGCCUGGAAGUGGCGUCCAUAGCUAGAGACUUGAACAAUGCAGCAUGCAUGAGGAGCGGGUAUACCGCCGAGGUGAUGCCCAGGCUCUGGAAUCAAAUUCCUAGAUGA